CUAGAUACGAAAAGCUUAGUAUACUAUUACGGUCCGCACCAAGGCAGACCGUAACAGCCGAAGGACACCGCUGCUAGUUAUUCUUCCGCGAGUCUGGAUAGAAGCGCUAUUUCGAAGUUCAAUCUCUCGACCUUGCCAAGUCUCGCCUUGGUAGCAACCAAGUACAGAUCUUCUUCUAGCAGCAGCGUAAGCAACUCGUCCGAUUACGUAAUUAAAUGAUAAACCUAUCAACUGCGAUUCCGCUUAUCACGCCAGCCCUCGCCUUGCGCAGUUUGGGUGCGACGAGGGUCACAUAGCGUCGGAAUAAGAAAUAUUAUUAGUUGUUACGACUUCCGCUCAAGCUGAAGCGAAGAAAAUUUACUAUGCCCGGCUGGAGCUUCCGACGUUUCCUACGGUUUUUGUCAUUCGUUCUUCGCUCGGUCACCUGGUACAUCUUCCUGGUCGUGGUCUUCGUUCUCUUCAUCGCAACUUCGCUUGCGGUCCUAGCGGGCUCGAUUGGCUAUUUCCACUGCAUCGACUCUGACGCGACGGCGACCGUGAACAGCUACUAUGGUCCCGGGGCUUUCUGGGCGUGGCUCAUUACUGCAAUCAGUACGGUCGUGAACUACGAGUUGUCCGCGAGACCAUCGCACGAUCCAUCGCAUGACGCUGAUACUCAGACUAAUCCAUUGCUACCGCAAACGGAAGUGCAGGGCGAAGGUGGUCCUAAUCCGAUCGAACUCGACCUCGACGGCCAAGCCUUCUCAGCAAAAGCUGGGCGCAAGGAUAUCUAUGAGCCGGGCUUCAUUGCUACCGUUGCCUACCCGAUUAUUGCAGCAGCGGAUGCAUUAUAUCAAUCCUUCUCCGAACGCAACCGGACGCAGAUUCGUGCCGCAAUGGCAGUCAUUCAGUCGGCGCAAUUACUAGCGUAUCUCGUUAUUACAGUACUUAUGUUCAAGCGCCCGAAGAGGACGUACGAGCUUGGGCAACUCCCGAUCGAAGGCAUGCCAUCUACAAACAGAGUGCGCAUUUGGAUCAUCCUGCUAGUGACCUCUACUUACGACUGGGCUUUGGUUCUUUUCCCAGUGUUACCAAAACAGGACGGAUCUCAUCUCCUCUUUUUCGACCAGCGCGCGUUCUUUGCCAUUUUUUCCUUUGUUGUGGUCCUCGGAGGGUGUACUUCGCUACGAUCGAACAGCCUCCGGAGACUCCACUGGGAAGCCGGGUUUUAUGUUGUUGCUACGGCUUUGUCCACGUUCUUGAUAUUCAGACAAGGCUUCUUGACUCCAGAAGAAGGAGAGGAUUGCAUCCACACUUUUGCACUUGGUGUACCUCAAUCUGGCUCAAGGCUGCGCGAUCUCGACCAAGCUACCGCGCUUGGAACUGCAUUGGUAAUAGCUGCCAUCCCUAUCUACCAGAAAGCUAUUCGUUGCUUCCGAAACUGGAGAAACGGAGACGGUUCCACUGUGAGCAGGGUGCGUGAGCAAUUCAAGGGAUUCUCUGCGUUAGCGCUCGUGAUAUGGGCAGAAAUUCGUGUUACAUAUAGCUGAAACAAAUUUGGACGGUCUGCGCCAGCAUAGCGGGCACUAGGGCCUUUUAAUCCCAAGGGUUAGGUGACCUGCUCCUUACGAUCUAUAUACUCUCGUAAUAGAGUAUACAGUACUAGUCACUAAGUCUUCGCGAUUUUCGCCGCACCACCCCCGAGGCUGUUUUGUUUACAUUAUUCAAUACGCGAUAUCUCAACUAUGCU